CACCCGUGGGGCCGGGGAGACACCCACGGCCGCGCUUGUCCCGCUUGCCGCUUGGACCCGUCGCCCAACCGCCCUUGAGUCACCCCGGCGGAGACACAACCUACUUUUUGGCCCGGUAUAAAUAUGGCCCAACGACGGAUUCUCGGCUUCCCGAUGCACCAAGCCGGCCCUGUCCUUCUCCUCCAGCAGGAAUGGCUCGUGACGGGCAUGGGGCCUUCAGCUUCACCCCCAUCUUCAUCCUCAUGGUGGGACUGCUGUCCACCACCCCGCUGCUGGCACAAAAUGGGAAGGGGGGCAAUGAAGGCAAUGAGCUACCGGAGGUGGAUGAGUCCCGUAUCAUCGGUGGGAAGCCCUGCUCCAUCACCCAGCGACCUUUCCAGGUUGCCCUCAUCAAGAGGGGACAAAUCCUGUGCGGAGGAAGCUUGAUAGACGCCCAGUGGGUCCUGACAGCCGCCCACUGCAAGCAGCCAGGCAGGGACCUCAGGGUGUUAAUUGGGACGGACACGUUGCGGGACGGCACGGGGGAAGUAAGGAUGAUUUCACGGUUAAUCGUCCACCCGGCCUACAACCCCCGCAAGAACGACAACGACUUCAUGCUCCUGAGGCUGAACAGACCCGUGCAGUUUAGCAACAACAUCAAGAAGAUCAGAUUGGCCACGAGGUGUCCCAUGGACGGGAUGAGGUGCAGCGUGUCUGGCUGGGGCACGACCAAGUCCCCCGGAGCAAAGCUCCCCAGAAAUCUGCAGUGUGCCGGCGUCCAAGCCUUCGGGAAGGAUAAGUGCGCGAGGGCAUACGGGAGGUUGAUCACCCCCAACAUGUUCUGUGCCGGCGUCCCCCAGGGGGGCAUCGAUUCCUGCCAGGGUGACUCUGGGGGCCCGCUGGUGUGCAAUGGGGUGCUGCAAGGCGUGGUGUCGUGGGGCAUGGCCGUCUGCGGGCGCAAGGGGCAGCCCGGCGUCUACUCCAACGUGUGCCAAGCCGUGCCCUGGAUCAGGAGAUACAUCAGGGGGUAGCAAGACCGACCCCCUCCCCAGCCCCACCACCUCCCCACGCCCCCCCGAUGAGAUUCUCGGCACUUAAGUAUUUGGGGUGGGGUGGGAGAAGCAAAGAAUUUCCCAGAAUGCUCUUGGGAAGAUGGGCGAUUUGGGGCGAAAUAAAGGAAUUGAAAG